UGCACAGCCGCACGACCUACGCCAUUUUCCCUUCAGAGAAACAACAAACAUUAACAUCGUCGAUCAUCGCUACCUCUGGCGAAAUGGCAGCGUGAAAGUGUGCCGCGACCUAGCAGCAGCCAACAAACAGUGCAUCCAACAAGUGCACUAAGUCACUUCAAAUUCAGCAAACAUGUCGUCCUUCUUGGAAACCCUCACCACUGCUGCUUACAACAGCAUAAAAGACUUCAAACCCUUCCUAUCACGGUCCCCUCUCGUGACCAACAACAGCCACUAUGACCACGAUGAUGACAAACUCACUGUUUGGCCUGGAAGACAUGGAGGCCCUUCUCUGGGCUCCUUCCUCUCCCAUGGCUGACCUCAUCACCUUCCCCUCUUCACGCCCUGACCUCACAGAUCAACAGGAAGAAGGAGGACGAGGAGGAACCUCAUUGGUUGGGGACACGUCACCUGUGUCGCCCCUCACCUCCUCAUCGCUGUCCACUUCCUCCUCCCCUCCUCCAUUUUAUUCCCCUCCUCCCUCGCCGUCCUCCCUCCUCCUGCAGGGGGACAAAGAUGGGAUGGAGUCUGACCUGCUGUCCCUCCCCUGGUUGGGCCACACCGGUCACCUGAGACAGAACUCAGUCUCAGAUGACAUAAAAGAGGAUGUGUUCGGUGACUUCGACUGGAUGGCAGAGAGGGUGGAUCUGAGCGAUUUCGACCUGGAUUCUCUGAUCCCCGACGAAGACUCCCCCAGCUGCUCAGAAGACCUCCUCGCCUCCCUUGACUGCCCCAUGGAGCUUGACUCCCUCCCACUGCCCACUCUCUCAAAUCUCCCCUCUGCUUCUCUUCCAAGUAUCCCUCCUCCCCCCACUGUGUGCUCAGAUCCUCCCGUUGUUAUUACACUGGAUGAGCCUGAAUGCUACUUCGAUGACCAGGACGUUCCCCUGUGCGUCCCGGAGCUGGAAAUCAAAUCCGAGCCCGCAUCUCCAGAUCCUGCGUCCCCAUUGGUCGAUUCUCCGUCCUCCCCGGCCUACACCUUAGAUUUGGGCAGUGAAGUGGACGUUUCGGAGUGCGAGAUGAAGCCGAUGGUGGCUCCAGUCAUCCCUCAAGUCGCCAGGAUAGUGUUCUCCCUGUCCCCCACCCGAAUCCUUCUUGUUUUGGCCCCCAAACAGGAAAUCGGCAUCACCACUGUAACCGCCACGUCGCAGAUCGUUCAUUCCUCCUCCUCCCCUCCGCCAAAACCCUCCCCCAGAAGCAGACCCUACCCAGAGCCUGCAUGUAGAACCAGCCCACCGCCGUCUCCCAGCGUCAAAGUCAAGCCACAAGGUCGGGAAGGUGACGAAAAGACGUCCUUUAAAGCACCGAAGGCGAGGAAAAUGAAGAAGAUGGAGCAGAAUAAGACUGCUGCCACGCGGUACCGGCAGAAGAAGAGGAGCGAGCAGGAAACGCAGUCUGAGGAGCACACACGUCUGGAGAGGAAGAACAUGGAGCUGACGGAGAAAGCCGAAUCCAUGGCCCGGGAGAUCGAGUACCUGAAGGAGCUGAUGGAGGAGGUGCGAACGGCAAGGGGCAAAAAAGAUGACCCCUAGUGACCGGUAGAUGAAGUGUGUGUGAGAGAAAGUGACUAUGAGAAAGUGGGCUUACAUACUUUUUAAGAAUGAGCAUCAGUGAGGCAUGUGUUCUGUCCGUACAGUAUGGACACACCUCCUUUUUAAUACACUGGUAUUAAAUAUAAACGAUAGAGUAUGGAAACAAGUAUUUUCCAUUCAGUAUAUCAACUUGUGUGUUUUUUGUAAUGUAUGUAUUCUAUUUCUGGACCCUACAAGCCUGCCAGUAAGAUGUAUUUUAAAUAAUGAUGUAUUAUAGUGAAAUUGGACCAUCUCUUAAUAAAGAGUCUUAAACGUAA